GAGUACAAGAUCCAAGACUACAAUCCACCAGUUGGCGGCAAUCCGAUCAAGUACCCAACGAUCCUGGGCAGCGACAUGGCCGGGACUGUUGUCGAAGUUGGUUCGGAGGUGACCAGAUGGAAAGUUGGGGAUCGAUUGAUGGCACAUACAUUUGGUGCGACGAUUGGGCAACCUGCAAAAGCGGCUUUCCAGAACUACACUGCUAGAGAAGUGGUCCUCGUAUGGGGAGGUAGCUCUAGCGUUGGGUGUGUUGCCAUCCAAAUGGCUGUCGCCGCCGGAUACGAAGUCUUCGCCACCGCCAGCCCUCGAAACCAUGAGCUGUGUAAAUCACUGGGCGCAGCUACGGUAUUUGAUUACGGCAAGGCUGAGGUCGAGGCGGAGAUGUUGGCUGCUUUGCAAGGGAAGCAGGUCGCUGGAGCGCUGGACUGCAUUGCUGACAACGACAAGACCAUCCCCGCUCUAGGCCGCAUUCUGAUGAAGGUCGACGGAAAGAAGAAGAUCGUGGCGGUGCUCCAGCCUGCAGAAGUGGAAGGUAUCGAAGUCCAGAGAGUGAGCAUACCAGACCUGGUUCGUAGUGAACAAUACGGCCAGGUCCACGCUUGGAUGGCCUCGGCGUUGGAAAACGGAUCUUUGCAAUGUAAGCCAGAUCCUAUGGUCGUGGGCGAAGGUCUGGGGAGCAUUCAAAAAGGUGUCGAUGUGUCGAGGAAGGGUGUGAGUGCCGCUAAAGUUGUGGUGAAGCUCGAGUAG